GGGUGUGGAGCGUUAAUAUUAUAUAGUUUUAUCACAGCACUCGUGAAGGGUUCUGAAGCUGCCGAGGCCUAAUAGAUCGCCAGUGUCACUCUGCUGUGAAGGGGUGGUGGGAAAUAUGAGUUUUGUAUAUUACGAUAUCUAGGUUUGUUUUAGUCUGUGUCUUCUCCGGUGUGUUUGUAUUUGAGGCACGGAGUCGGUGCAGUGAUAAGUCUUGUUCUGGCAGGGAGUUCCACCUAUUGAUCACUCAUAGAGAGGAUCAGUGUUGCUCUCCAGGGGCUGGGUACGGAAGGCUGUUGAGGGUGGCUUCUCAAGUGACUGGUGUUGCAGUGUUAAAAUUUUGUAAAGAUUCUGGAGGUCACCCUCAGGAGGCUGUAUUGAAAUUUAGCCACCAAGAUAUUUGAGGCUUUGAAAGCUUCCUCAUUAAUCCAAGACCAACUUAUAUGUAAUUAGCUGGAACAAGCCAAGGGAGACACCUUUAUCAUUGUGUUAUGACAUUACAACAAGAAGAGUCUGGGUUUGCACAGUAACAUAUUCAAAGAUGGAUGAGAAACUGAUCAAGAAAAAGCUUAUACACCCAGGGAAAGGAAGCGGUGACCAUUCUGAUGGAACCAAGAUAACCUUCCAUAUCAAGACGGAAACAUGUGAGGAGGAGCCAAAGGUGAUUGAUGACAGCAAACUGUGGAAGGAACCAGUGGAACUGCUGCUGGGGAAAAAGUUUAAGCUGGAAGUUUUAGAAGCAUGUAUUCGUACCAUGGCACCUGGAGAACUGUCUUCCUUCACUAUAGACAAAGUGCUAUUAGCGCCAUAUCCCUUGGUAUCUAAAACUCUGCGAGAUGCAUACAGUAAGAAUAAAAUCAACAAAGAAAAGAAGCCACAUCACUGUUGUGGAAUGGGACUCAAAGAAGGCCUUGGCUACCCUGACUUGGAUGAGCUUGUGAAAACUCCUAAGGAUCUAAGAUUCACCAUUGAAAUAUUAAAGGUGGCAGGAGUUGGUUCAUAUGAAAAGGAAUUUUGGGCCAUGACAGAAGAGGAGCGACUGGUAAGCAUUCCAGCAUUGAAGGAAGAAGGCAAUGCCUUAUACAAGGCUGGAGAUCAUGAAGCUGCCUGUAAGAAGUACUCUGAAGCUCUUGGUAGGCUUGAACAGCUCAUGCUAAGAGAGAAGCCGGGUGAUGAAGAAUGGGUGAAGCUGAAUGACAUGAAAAUGCCUCUACUUCUGAACUUUGCUCAGUGCCAAAUACUACAAGGAGAGUAUUACAGUGCCAUAGAACACUGCUCUACGGUCUUAGAAAAGCAACCAGAGAAUGUCAAAGCUCUGUAUCGACGAGGGCGAGCACAUGUCGAAGUCUUCAGUCCUGAUGAAGCUCGAAGGGAUCUAGAAAAGGCAGCCCAACUUGACAAAAGCAUUGCUCCCAGCUGCCGAAAGUUGCUGGCACAACUUGCCAAGAUGGAGGAGGAAAAAAACAUGCUGGACAAAAGUGCAUACAGUAAGCUCUUCAGUUCCUAACAUGCAGUCAUUAUGUCGUUGCUUCACAUAUGAUGUUGAUUCUUUUUAGUUAGUCUAUCUUAAACCAGAAGCCAAAAAUGUCUUUCAUUUUAUAGAUUUAUUUUUUUAACUAUCUUAAGGAAUUUUAUAUCCUACUACUUCAUAUUGCAGAAGUUUUGUUCUGCACCACUAACACACAAAAGAAAAUGCUGGCAAUUUUCUUCCCAUGCUCUAAAAAUAAGUUUAUAAGUGGGUACUUAAUGUGAUAUGCAUUCUGUAUUAAUGUACUGUUUACUAUCAGCGUAAUGGAAUUAGUAUUAAUAGAUAUCAGAACCAACUGACGAGAUCUUUAGGCCAUGAUGUUGGUCUAAGUAUAAAAUAUUAUUGAUAUGGGAAUAUGACCAUCAAUUGGCAAAGAGUUGACUCUUCUACUGCAGCUUUAGUUCUCAGCAUGCAGUUUUGAUAUAUUGGGCAUUGCAUCAUACAUUUAGCUGGAUUUUAAUGUUUUCAUGUAGCAUUAUCUGGGGUAUCAAAUGUAUGAAGUGUUAAAUAAUGGCAUCCAGAGAAGUAGAGGCUCAAAAGAAAGCAUGUGAAUUUUUAACUAUUGCUCAAAAACUUGAGUUGAUAAAGAAGGUGGAAUCUGGGGCUUCAAUAGUCAGAAGAUGAAAAAAUCAAACAUGAUCAGAUGUUCGUCGGCUGAGGCAGAAGCUGAUCGAUGCUCUUGGAUGAGUGGCCAUCACACUUGUAUUGACCAGCUAUGCAUUGGAUGAUGAGCCAAACCACAAUUAAUGGGGCUAGAUUACUAAUUCAUCCCUAGAUAGGUUAUUUUUGGCAGUCAGGUUUGGUUACUUAAAAAAAAGUGACUACAUUGUAAUGGACAUGUUGGACAGUGCAGAGGUAAUUGUCAACACAAACAUGGCUACCAUUUACCUGUAAACAUUACCCAGGUAAUGUAAGGUAUUUGACAUAAACACUACUAGACACAGUAUGCAUACAUAAUGAGCUGGUAAAACUAGAAAAGUGAAGUAACAAGUGAGACUUGAGUAAGGCACAGUGACUACAUAAUUACCCUACAAUGUUUGUUUUUAGGUGUCGUUUUGCCCUUUUAUGCCUAGUUUGAUACUUUCAGAAAGUCUGCAUAAAAGAACAAGCCUUUCCCUUUUAGACCAUUAAGUAAUGAGCAAACAGUAGAAUUAUAAAUAUAUUCAUUAGAAUACAUACAUAUAUUCAUACAAAAGAUUUUUGAACACUUAAUGAGAAUCAUUAAGUCUAAAUGUCUUUAUAAAACCUGUACCUCAUGGGCUGUAUGACAUGCCUUGUACUUAUAUACUUUAUCCCUUAAUUUUUCUUUGAUGUAGCAGUAUAUUUUAUGACGACGUGGAUGACGAAAAAAGUUAAAUAGUUCUAGAAAUACAAUUACAUGCAAUUACUGUGUCCAAAAUAUUAGUGUGCACUAAGUGGCUGAGCUUCUAGAGUAUGAUAAAUAAUAUUUAUCAC